CAGGCGGCGCUACAAUCGCCGCGCUGCUUUGCGCGGGGCGCAGCGCGGGCAGCCAUGGCGGCGGGGAGGCUGCCGGCGCUGCUGCUCCUCGCCCUGCUGCUGGGCGGCACGGCGGGACCUGGCGCUCGGGCAGCGCGGAGUCGCGGCGCCGAGAAGCAAAACAGCCUUCGCCGAGCCGCCAGCGGCCUCUACCAGGGCGUCAGCGGCCUAUUCGGCGAGGAUAACGUGAGGGCCCUGCAGAAGUUCUUCUCAAGGUUGACAGAGAGGUUUGUGAAUGGGGUGGAUAUAUUAAUGGACACAUUCUGGAGAAUAUGGACUGAUUUGUUAGAUGUUCUUGGAAUUGAUGCCUCCAACUUGACUCAUUAUUUCAGCCCAGCGGCAAUUGCCAACAACCCGACCCGUGCUCUUCUGCUGAUUGGUGCCAUUUUACUUGCCUAUUGGUUUUUAUCUCUCUUCCUUGGAUUCUUCUUCUAUCUCCUGCACAUGCUGUUUGGUCGCUUUUUCUGGAUUGCGAGGGUUGCCCUUUUCACUCUCUCGUGCGUGUACAUCCUCCAGAAGUAUGAAGGUGACCCAGAACACGCAGUCCUGCCUCUCUGCUUUGUUGUAGCAGUCUACUUCAUGACGGGGCCGGUUGGAUUUUACUGGAGGAGAAACAACAACAACAGCAGCCUUGAGGAGAAGAUGGACCACCUGGAUAGUCAGAUCAGACUUCUGAACAUACGUCUUUCUAGGGUGAUUGAAAACCUGGACAGAGGCAGUGACCAAUGAACCAACCCCUAUAGACCACUGUACACCAGCUCUAGAAAAUUCCUAAGCACUGUCUCAUUUGAAGUUACAAAGCAACAAAACAUCACAUGGUAAAAAGUAUUCAAAGUUAUAACUUUUCAUCAUGUGUAAGACUAAUUUAUCUAGAUUAUACACUCAGCCAUUAUACUUGUAGGAAAAAAAACAUUUAAAAAAUUCAGCUGUAUAUUCAGAGAGUUUUAUCCAGUACUAGAAUUUUCUCAGUAGAUAAACGCUUACUUUUACAAGCAUUUACAAACAUCUUUUGUAAAGUUUUUAUAAAAGCAAAUUGAGUAGUCUUUCAAAUAUUGAAAUUCAGCUAAACAUAUGCAAAUUUGACACUUAAAAAGUUAAAAAGAAAAAAAAAAUCUCAAGCUACCAAACACUUCCAUUGAGAAGUGGCUGCUGUGGGUCCACAUUAAUUUUUUUUUUUUCAAAGUUGUGAAUGUGUUUUUUUUUUUAUUGUUGGCCUAUUCCAUUGCCUUGAAGUUGCCUUUCGUAGAGUAUCAGAUGAGGAAUUUUCUGGUAUCCGAGCCAAAAAAUUCACACCAUAGCUUUUAAUAGGAGGUGAGGAAUUAGGGAGAAGGAAGAUUUCAUAAAUUUGAAGUCCUUAAAUGCCAGUCCAAUGUGAGGAAUUGAGAAGUGCAAGUGUGGCAUUAUUUCAUUGCAUUUCAUCUCGAGAACUUUAAUUUGAUGUCUGAAAGGAAAUCUGUUUUAAUAAAUUGACACAAAGGGAAGUGAUGUAGCGUGGCAAAUUGUAAUUCAUAUUUGAUCCUCACAGUGAAGCAUUUUCCAAGCAUAAGUGCAUAGAAUAGAGCAUGAUUUUUAUCUCAGGACCCAUGUACUUUCUCAAAAAAGGCAGCAGUUAAAACACUUGCAAAUGUAUUGUUGCUUAAAGCUUUCUCAGGACCAAUAAGCGGCAAUAAAUUAUCUUCAGGAAGAUCUGGAUUUUUUUCUAAAAUUAAUAGUUUUAUAGGAGCUUUUUGCUUGAAGUCUGUGUCCUCUAUUGGGUUUGGGGAAAGUGAGUCACCUUAUGAGAAGGGUGUAUUAAAUGGUAGUAUUUCAAAGCGAUGUAGGAGCUUUGAAGCAAUUUUAUUUUGAAGGAUUCUAUGUAUGUGUAACCUUAGAAUUAACUAGCUUGGUAGACUACCACUGGCUUUGUAAGGUUUGCUGAAAUGCAUUGAAACAAAGGUAACCUCAGGGAAGAAAGUCCGAUGAGGGGUUUACGUUGGUAACCUCUAGCAUUCAAGGAGAGAAAUGAGGGGAGGGGAAGCAUCUGAACCAUAGUGAUGAGCACAGUAUCAAUACCGUGAGAGGUAAAAUGGACCACGGCUGAAGAACUACAUAUUCCAUAAUGUCUAAACGAGCAAGUAAAGAUAAAACCUCAACAAAAAUUGAUCUGCGAUAGGGACUGGCUGUAAAGGAAGGGGAACAAAUACAAGUAGGUGAUGCACGUGCUGUUGCUUCGACUGCGAGCGCUGGCUCCAGCAGGACUGAGCACAGCUCGGCACUUGGUCUUCGGCUUCCUGUUACGUUGGGUAGAGCUUUUGUUGGAUGUGAUGCUUAACUGAAUGUAACUGUGGGGUGAAUUAAUUUUUCUCUUUAUGCUGAAGUUUAAUACUCUUCUUAAAAUGUGUGUUACUUGCCUAACCUCUUUUGGUCUGUAUGUGACAUUUACAUGAGUGAUUAUUUUAAAAUCCACGUUAAUGGCCUUUACUCCAAACUGUAAUCACUUCAGUUCAACACAGUUGAAGUACAUAUGCAGUUGGCUCUGUUGGAAUCUAUUUUAAUUUUUUACGCCAUCUGUAAAUCCCCCUGCACCCCAUUUUUCAAGAAAUACACAUUUAGAGUUGCAAAGUAAUUGCUUUUCAUAACUUAAAAUCUUUCCCAUGAACAGAUAAGUACUAUGGCAACAAACAGUCUGCUUUGUAAAGCUGAAAAUGUAAAUUGCUGUAUAUUCCUUUUUACAGCUUGUUUUCCAUAGUAUUACAGAAUCUGCCCUGUAAACUCAGUUUUCCUUACUGUUGUGCAGAGAGGACUGGGCUAAAACACCAACCCGGAAAUUAGGAAUCGAUUAGCAAAGCACGUCAGACCUGUACGUGUUUUGCUAAGCCUGAGGACCGAAGCCUGCAAACCUCGCUCGCGUAAGCGGCUCCGACUUCAGUAGGACUAUGUGCAUGAGUCAGUAAUGUAUGUGAUGUAAUCCAUAUUUAAUGUUGAAGUUAAAAAUAUUGAACCCUUUCUAUAUUAAGAGUUGUCUAUGACAAAGAUUUCUCUUCAAAUACUAUAUAAAACUUUAUGUGGAUUAUAGUUUCGCCCUGUCUCGCUCUAAUCAUUUAUCUUAGUUUUGUAAAAUCAACCCUCCUAUAUUAAUACUCUUCCUUUUGAUCACCCUGCUGCUUGAAAAAAAGUAUUUUUGUAUUUACUUGCAUCCCAUGUAUAGCAAAAUGUUAUGUGAAAAGCGGUAUAUAUAAAAUUGGAUAUUUUUAAUCAGUAUUUUUCCCAGCGCUCGGUUUUCAUGUUAGUCAACUUCAGAAGUAAUGAUUUUUUUUAAAGCACAAUCUAAUCUUCAAUAUAUAUAGAUAUACUUUAAAAAUGCUCUGUAUUUUUAAACAUGCACUGUAGUGAAAGCGCUUUUCGGGACAUGAAUGUGGUAUUGUACUUAAUCUCUUUCAACUUUUGUAAAUACCUUUUUACAGCUAUUUUCCAUACGAGGUCAUCUAGUUUAUCCAUCCAGGUUCUUGCUCUGUUUUUUAGAACCCGUUCCAGUGACAGCGGUUGCGUUGCUUUUAUAUCACCAUUGCUAGGAGCAUCUCCUACGCAUCCGCAGAGAUGUGCGGGCGUCGCCUCGUCACCCACAGAUAAACCGAGAUGCAGAAUUUGACAGAAAUGGGAAUAAACCCCAGAUCUCGCAGCUCGCCCCGCCUUUUGCUCUAACCACGAGGCAGCCUAACGGCAGGUGGGUAGCAGCACCGAGGCACUCCUCUAACGGCCCGCUUCCCUCCAUGCCCGUGCCCGUCCCCGCUGCUGAAGCGGCACGGGUUGCACGGGCUGCGGUCGGUCAGCGUGGGAAUAGCGGUUCCUGUUUACCGACCUGCCCGCUUGCAGCGGCUUCGUGAGAGAAUGUCACCCUGUGUAACCAGCCGGUGACAUCAGUGCUUAAGGUGGGUUCUUCCAGUAUCAGAAAUUCCCGUAGGGUCUUAAAGUGUUUUAAACAUCGUGCUUUAAGACCUAAUAUUUGAACCUGCUGUAGUAUUUUCGAUACAUUCCCAUUUUUGCAAAACUACCAUCCGUAGCAAUUUCUUUGACAGUACACACCUCACCUAUAGAUAACCGAUCUGUCGUAUUCGGAAUGUAACGCUUUUCAAAGUGGUAUUGGGUGUCAGAGUACAAUGUAUAAAAACCUGGUGUAAUUCAGUGCUGUACUUAAUAGUGUGUACUUCAAAUUGUGAUUUGCUUUUAAAGACUUGUUGCAUCGUUAGUGUGGAAAAUAGACCAGUAUCAAUCUUAGCUCUUUGAUGGCGUAGAAGUGUUUAAGUGUGAUUUGGCUCACGUACUGAUCCGUCUUUGGCAGCUAAUGACAUAAAUGACCAUAAGUUCUCUUUGUCUGGGUUGGAAAAUAAAAGGUUUUAUUGUAUCCGCAUGUAUUUUAAACUUUUGGAUAAUUCCAUCGAACUGUGAUGACAGCACAUUUAAAAAUUGAUCUUUUCCUUUUAAUCCGAAAUGGUAUUUGCUAUGGUAGCGCUCGUUAGCGGCACCGAUGUUUAGUGACUUCACCUCCUGUUUUGUACAUCGGAUUUCAAGAUUAUAGUGUUUAAGUUUGUACAAUUGUGUUUACGUAAAAAAUAAUUUGGUCUGAAGAGAUGCUGUAUGUAUACUUUUGACAUAUGAUCCAUAGGGAAAUAUUAGAUUCUACUGAUAAUAUUGUUAAGUAGUUACAAAUAUAUCAGACUUAUUUUUUACAGAGCUAUACAUGCCUUUAUUUAUUACUUAUCUGACCACCAAAUCAAUGUACUACGUAGUGAAAUAUUUGUAGACCAAUUUCAGAAAUCACCUAUGGUAUUGUGACAGAGCUUCAAAUAAACGUUUACUGAAACUUU